AUGAAGUCUAACUUCCUUAUCGCGCUCUUGAGCUUGGCUGUGGCCGCUGUUGCUGUCCCUACCAAUAUUGGUACCGGACUUGGCGCCGGCAGCGGUGGCGGCGGUGCCCUGAGCGGCGGCGGUGGUGGCGGUGGUUCCAUCGGCGGAGGGCUCGGCUUUGGAGGUGGCUUUGGCGCUGGUUCUGGAGCCGGUGCGGGUCUUGGUGCCGGUGCCGGUGCUGGCGACGGCAACUGA